CCAGAUCUGUCACAGCCGUACCGGAAGUCGGUGCGCAGUUAAAAGCCAAGUGUUGUUUUCCGAAGGAAAUUACUUACAUAAAUUGUCCUGGCUGUCAUUUUAGCGACCUUACAGCAAGAAACUCGCUUACUUAAGCGCUAUUUGCAGCGCUUUUGUUCCGGCGCUGCUUAUUAUUAGCAACAUUUGCCGCGAUUCUGUUUAUAGUUCAGCUUAGCUAGCUAAAUUUAGGAAACGGCUAUGCUAGCUUGCAGCCAGCCUGUUGACAAAAAACAAGCUAGCCGAUGCACGAUACUCAAAUAUUUUGACUUAAUAUAGUUUUCGUGAAAAAUUAACGUUAAUGCCGACUUUUUAAACAUUUAGUCCAACCCAACGUAUAUCGUCUAUUUAGCUGAAUGAUGGGUACUGGCAUGGUCCAGCUCACCUCUACUUCCCACCACGAGCACAUCCUGGACUCUCUGCACAACCUGAGACUGCAAGGUCUCCUCAGUGACGUCACCGUGCAGGUGGACUACCAGGGAGACGUGCAGGCUUUCCAGGCGCACCAGGUGAUCCUUGCCGCCUCCAGCGGUUACUUUAAAAACAUAUUCCUCUCUCGGGACGGUGGUGCACGGGACAACAUCCCGCUUUCCAUCAUGCAGCCCGGGGACUUUUCCACGUUUUUGGAAUUUGUCUACACAGGGAAAGUGGUAAUCACUCAGAGCAAGAUUGUGGACAUAGAAGAGGCGGCGAGGCUUUUGGAUUGUAACGAGCUCUUGAAGAUCUGCAGCGCCGCUAUCAGCGCUGGGCUCCUACAAGAGCCAACCAAUUAUGCAUCCAACUUGGACAUGGAAGAGUCCGCGGCUGCCAAACCAAGCAGAAAGAAGAAAGGCAAGCUCGCUCUAAAAACCUCCGAGCAGCUUUCGGCAACAUCAAAUCCCUCGGAGACAGACGGCGAGGAGCAAACACUAGAAGUCAAGAAACUGAAACUUAGGUUGGGCGGCCAUGAGGUCCUCCAGAGAUGUGUAGAAAUAAAGCCAGACGCGGGGAAGGAAGCUGAUGAAGUGUCAGAAAACAAGGAGGACGUGGAGGAAGCAGGAGCUCAGACAGAAUCUGAAGAGUCAUGGCCGCCGUCGCCUCCUGUAGACACCGUUGACAUCGGACCAGAUGACGAUGUUUCACUGAGUCUGGAUGAUGGCGAGGAACCCUUGUUAUCCACAGGGGAGGAGGACGAGGAGGAAGCCAAUGUACGGUCCAAGAGGAAGGCCCAGUUCUUGUGCAACAACUGCCAGCGGACCUUCUUGUACGAGAGAUGCUACAUGAAGCACGUCAGCACCUACCACGGGGUCAAAGCGGACCUGGUGUACCGCUGCAAGACCUGCCUGCAGACCUUCUCUAACCGCAGCAAUCUGAAGAUCCACGAGAAGCACGUCCACAGCACCGAGAGACAGUUCUCCUGCGACGUCUGCGCUAAGACCUUUAAACGGAAGAAGGAUGUGGUCCGCCACCACCAACAGGUGCACGUCCCCCAGUAUCACCAGUGUCCCGACUGCGGCAAGUCGCUCAGCUCCAAAGCGUCGCUGGAGCUUCACAAGAAGAUACACAGUGGCAUUAAGCCCUUCGCCUGCAACGACUGCGGCGCUCGCUUCACCCAGAACUCGGCCCUCAAAAUGCACCAAAGGAUCCACACAGGAGAGAAGCCAUUUUACUGCGAUAAGUGCAACGCCCGCUUCUCCCAGAAAAGCAUGCUGGUCUAUCAUAAGCGCUCCCACACGGGAGAGAGACCUUUCAUGUGCGAGGCCUGCGGUAAGAGUUUUGCCUCGAAAGAAUACCUGAGGAACCACUCCAACAUCCACACGGGCACCAAGCCUUUCAAGUGCGAUGAGUGCGGCCGCGGCUUCGCCCAGAGGAACUCCCUGCGUCAGCAUUUAACGAUACACACAGGCGAGCGCCCCUACGCCUGCAAGUAUUGCAGCAAGCAGUUCACGCAGCUCAACGCCCUGCAGAGGCACCAGCGCAUUCACACCGGCGAGAAGCCUUACAUGUGCGGAAUGUGCAGCCGCACCUUCUCCGACAAGUCCACGCUGCGCAGGCACACGGCGACUCAUGACUCCAGCGCUCCGUGGAAGAACUACCUUGUGGUUCUGGAGGGCAACGUGGAGGAGAAAAAGCCUAAAGUUCCAAGUGAGGCGCCCACUCAGGAGAAAAAGACCCCAGCUAAAAGAGUCAAUGCUAAAGCACGUAAAACCAACGCCGAAGCCGCGCCAGUGGCCGAGACGGUCGCCCUCCCAUCUGAGUGGGAGGGAAACGGGGCCCUCGCCCUGCUCGGCCAACAAGCCCACCUAAACGGGAUCACCGUCAUCCACACCGAGAUGCCGUCGGGGACUCAGUUACAGUCCAUGGUGACACCAGACAACACAGACGCCAGGGACAUUGCCUUGGAUGGGUUAGCCGUUCCUGUCUCAUUUGCCAUACCCGUGGCACGCCCCUUCCAUGCCCCAAUACCUGAGUCCUCAUCUUCAGAGACCUCGAUGACGUCCGUCUUAGAAACGGCCGUCUCCCAGACCAUCUUGGCUCCUGUGUGUGACGUCACAGCUGAGGAACAAGACUUGCACCCAAACAUUCAUACUGUGACCGUGUCGGACAAGAUGUCCACGCAAAGGACAUCGAACCAACCUUUGGAGCACAUAAAAGGAGAUGCAAAUUCCUAGAAAAAUACUGCAAAAAUAUCUGGUUUUGUGUCCGUUGUGGUGUUUGUUGCGUUGUCAUCAUUCAGUCUGUGGUAGUAAACAUAUUAGCUAUUUAACUGGACACAAGUAAAAGGGUAUUUAGAUUAAGUAAAACUGACGACAUGGGGUACGGUGUGGCUCCGUUGGUAGAGCGGCCCUGCCAGCAACCUGAGAGUUCCUGGUUCAAUCACCGGUUUCUGCCUUCCUAGUCAUUUCCGUUGUUGUCCUUGAGCAAGACACUUCACCCUUGCUCCUGAUGGGUCGUGGGCCUUGCAUGGCAGCUCCCACCAUCAGUGUGUGAAUGUGGAAAUCGUGUCAAAGCACUUUUGAGUACCUUAAAGGUAGGAAAGUGCUAAACAAGUAUAACCCAUUUACAAUUUAAAAGACAAAGAGCCUGAUUUAUUGCACUAAAUAAAAUUGUGUGUACUAUGAGUGGGCGUGUUGCAUGUGAUCAACUAAGACUGAGUGUGCAAUUGACAAGUGCUGCAGACCGCCUUAUUUAAUUGAGCAUUUUGUGUGCAUACGGGGAUUUUACCACCAGUGGCACACAUCUAUAAUUUGUAACACCUUUUCUUAAUUGCAAUCUAGUCAAAAGAAACAUAUACACACUAACACUUAAUUCUGUGCACAAGGCUCUGGAUUGCAUCACCAGCGCAUUUGUGAGUCUGGAAUGAUUUGCAAAUCCUUUUCAACCCAUAUUCUGUUGAAUAUGCUACAAAGACAAGAUAUUUGAUUUUCAAACUCAUAAACUUUAUUUUUUUUUGCAAAUAAUCAUUAACUUAGAAUUUCAUGGCUGCAACACGUGCCAAAGUAGUUGGGAAAGGGCAUGUUCACCACUGUGUUACAUGGCCUUUCCUUUUAACAACACUCAGUAAACGUUUGGGAACUGAGGAGACAUUUUUUAAGCUUCUCAGGUGGAAUUAUUUCCCAUUCUUGCUUGAUGUACAGCUUAAGUUGUUCAACAGUCCGGGGGUCUCCGUUGUGGUAUUUUAGGCUUCAUAAUGCGCCACAC